AUGUUACUCAAGCUGGCGCUCGGCGCGGCGCUGCUCGGAUGGGCGUCCCUGGCCGACAUUUGCGUCGAGAAGACGGCGAGCCUCCCUCCCGGAUGGAGGAAGAGUGGUGACGAGGUCGACCCGAAGCAGCAGUACGCCUUUUCGAUUGCCCUCAAGCAGCCGCAGAUGAGCGGACUCUACAAAUUCCUCACGUCGGUGCAAGCAGACGUGCUGUCUCUGGCCGACGUCUCGUUGAUGCGCAAACCGGCGCCCAAGUCCGUCAGCAUGGUACAGGCCUGGCUGCUGAGCCACGGAAUCCGUGAAUUUGACACCAAGGGCGACUGGGUCAAUGUGCGUGCGACGGUCGGGCAGACGGACGCGCUGAUCGGCUCUCUGCUGGAGCACUACAUCUACGAAGGCGAGAGCGAGCCGGUUUUGCGCACCACGCAGUACUUUAUCCCCGAUGCCCUCGAGGACGCCAUCGACUUCAUCCAUCCCGUGUCCAACUUUAUGCGGCCCGCCCGCUCCGUCUCUCAGAUUCGGUGGCUCAACGAGACAGAACUGGCGCGGCGCAGCGAUCCCCCGUGCACGGCCAUCAUCACGCCGAAAUGCGUGCGCGACGCGUACAACUUUCACUACACCACACCAGACAACACCUCGAUCGUCACCAUGGGCGUGGCCGGCUUCCUCGAAGAGUACGCCAACUACCAAGACUCGGAUCAGUUCCUGCAGCAGCACGCGCCGGAGCUGGCCGCCAAGCACUACAACUACACGGUGGAGCUCGUCAACGGCGGCGAGAACCGGCAGGCGCUGUCCGAGUCGGGCGCCGAGGCGGCGCUCGACGUCGACUACGCGCUGAGCCUCGCGUACCCGGCCAAACUCGUCUUCUACUCGGCCGGCGGCCGGAGCGAGUUUAUCCACGAAAACGGUACCGCGGACGCGAGUAAAUCCUCGACCAACGAGCCGUUCCUGGAGCUGUUCCAGUACUUCCUGGACCAGCCCGACGGCGAGAUCCCGAGCGUGCUGUCCGUUUCGUACUCGGACGACGAGGUGUCGGUGCCGCGGCCGUACGCGGAAAAGGUGUGCCAGAUGAUUGGCAUGCUGGCUGGCCGCGGCAUGACGGUGCUGUUUGGCUCGGGCGACGGCGGCGCGCAGGGCGGGCGCGACUCCAACUGCCGCACGCGCGACGGCACCAACAAGAAGAUUGCCAUGACGACGUUUCCGUCGACGUGUCCGUGGGCGCUCGCCAUCGGCGCCGUCGGCAACGUCAAGACGCCGCCCGAGGCCGCCGCGUUUAGCACGGGCGGCUUCUCGCAGUACUUUAAGCAGCCCGCGUGGCAGAAAGAGGUGGUUGGCGCAUACGUCCGGUCCCUCGACGGUCGGCUCGACGGCUACUACAACCCACAGGGCCGGGCCAUCCCAGACAUUUCCGCCUUUGGCACCAACGUGCUCGUCGUCUGGCAGGGGAGGCCUGGCGUGCUGCAGGGCACGAGCGCCAGCACGCCCAUGGUGGCGGCGAUGCUGGCCAUGGUCAAUGACGCGCGGGCGCGGGCGGGGAAGCGCCCGCUGGGAUGGGUCAAUAGGAUGCUGUACAGCAAGAGGGUGCGCGACACACUGCGCGACGUGACGGCGGGCGAGAGUCGCUCGUGCAACUAUGACGGGCAGAAGCCAGGCGGGUGGCCGGCCAGGCCCGGCUGGGAUGCAGUGACCGGGCUGGGCGUGCCUGGGGACUUUAACGAGCUGCUCGACGCACUGGUGCACGCGGACGAUUAG